AUUUUAAGUACUUGCAUUUCAGACAGUGAAUAGAUAGUAGAACACGUAUUCAUAUAUAGAAAGCAAUUUUUAAGUGCUUAAAAUGGAGGGCUUUGAAUAUGUGGUCAAUCCGCCCGUGGCGUCAAAAGUGGCCUUUGGCUCAACGAUGCACCGCGAUGUAAUGCCAAUUAGUGGUCCAGCUAUGUCCAGCUACAUGCGUUCCCUACAGACGGAGCUACGGGAAUUUCCCGGUCCACUGGAUUAUGAUUGCGCAAAGCCAAUUGGAUUUAAGUAUCCCUCCAAUGCUGGAUUUUCGGCACUGGCCAACAAGAUGCCCCGUCUGCCUGUUGUGCGGGAUCAGAUCAUUCCCCCGUUAGGCACCUAUGAGCCCUCGCCUUGGGUUCUACGCGCUGGAUAUACAUUCGACCGGCAGGUGUCCACACUGCCCAAGUGGCUAACUCCCGGUCCCUCCACCUAUUCGAUUCACAACAAGUAUCCGAACUAUAAGAUCGAAACUGCUUUCGGCAGCUGUCGCCUUAUCUGGCCCGCAGUCGCCGUCUUCUGUGGCCCCAAGCACGAUGCCGUCUGCAUCGUCUGCCAUGAGACGCCCAAAGGCGAUUACUUCCACAGCUUCGCCAGCGACAAGGACAUGUGCAGGCAGUGCAUGGCCGAGCAGAUGGGGACCAUCAAGCACUGCGCCCUGAGCGUCGUCGAGCGGUAUCGCAAGCGCCAGUACAUCAAGCAGUUUGUGCCCGCCCGCUACUGCGGCUUCUUCCACGAUCACAACGGCACCACCGCCGCCACCGAGACAACCUCACGCAGGGAGCUACGCACAAAGAUUCGCGUCGAGAACUAUUUGUAUCGCUUUGCCAGCAAAGUGGCAUAAAAUAAU